GUGGAAAUGAGGUCUCCGGGUAUACGGAUUCGAAGGCAGCUAACUCCGCUAGCGGCCGUGUACGACCGAGGGAGGAUUCAAGUCUAGGUUCGAGUGUGGUCAUGGUGUGGUGGGACCCGUACAGCUGUGGGCUCUCCAGCAACCGAUAAAGUAACCCAAGUAACGCUCAUUCCGGUAGAGCUCAUUUCCCGGGUCGUGAGUGAGUGUACGAUGUGUGACCUUUGACGUGUCAUCGAUGGAGCCGGCGUGCAUGCAAUAUAGGCAAAGCGCUAAACCCGCAUAACUAGUGUACGCCACUUCUUGUGCCGUCUUUACCUAGCUCUGCUCCAGGAUUAGCUACCCGAGAUUAGAUUCAGUAGCCAUCUAGAAUCGAGGUCGAGACUAUCUUUUCUAGGGGCCUCGCCUGUAAAUACAAUCGCCCACAAGUCCAGAAGCUGGGCGUGCAAGUCUUGUGGCAAGUUGCGCUCAUCAUGGCCUUCAAACUCUUGUUGGCAGCAGCAUUGCCUUUGGCGUCUGCUGCGGAUCCCAGCGUGAGAUACUUCCAAGUUCCUUCUGAAAGGGGCAAGAAACUCACUAACUCCCGUGUCCAGUUCUUUUUCUUCGCAAACCAAUCUUCAACUCAGUUUCCCGGCCUCUCAGCAGCAUGCAACCAAGCAUUGACGGCGCCGGUGUGGGAAUGUCCCCGGGAACUCUUGAACUUGGUUGGCGGCGAACACUACUACACGCUCAAGAAUGAGACUGUGAUGGAUGUCCUUUGCAGGCCCGAGUGUCCCACAGCACUUGUCACCUAUCGAAGCGAUGUCGUGACGGCGUGUGCCAACGACAACCAGCCAAGGGAUGGGUACCCUGCCACGUAUUGGGUCGAUGCGGUAAACUCGGUGCAGAAACAAACAUGUCUCAAGGACUCAGCCACUGGCGAAUAUUGUACUCAAUUCCUUGAGAGGGUUCUUGGAGAUGCAACCAGCCCGGCUGAUCUUCUCGGAGGGUAUUCAACGGAGUCCCUGUGUUCCGAGUGCGUCGUGAAUCUCUUCGAGCACCAGCAGUCGACCCCUUACUCCAACUAUGAUACCGACAUGGCAGAAGCGUGGGCGGCAAUCCAGGCUCAAUGCGGGUUGAGCUUGCCCACGGCCACCCAAACGCUCGAAACCAACGUGACUUCCCUCGGCAAUUAUGCACCAUCCGGCUAUCCAACUGCUGUUUGCGUCGGCGGAAGGACGUAUGAGAUUGCUAGUGGAGACAACUGUAUCGACAUCUCCAAGAACAACGGCGUCUCCACAGGAGCCCUCAUCACGCUGAACAGUCUGCGGAUGGAUUGCACCAACAUCUUUGCUGGCCAGGCUCUCUGUCUUCCUCCGAUCUGUGACGACUAUGUUGUGCAGAGCGGGGAUACGUGCAUCGCCAUCGCAGAAAACUUCUUGACCUCAUACCAACAGAUUAUCGCCUGGAACCCGACCAUCAAUAAUGUCUGCACAAAUCUGAUCGCCGGCCACAACAUCUGCGUUGGACCGCCCGGCGGUGUCCAGAACUUCACCACCGUCCCCGGGGCAACUGCAACAAAGACGGCGUUGUAUGCUACAACUACAGCAGAAAGACCGGCGCCGGUUGCGAGUGGGACGACAACAAAGUGCGGGAAGUACUACCAAGUACAGCUGGGUGACUACUGUGAACUCGUUGCCGUUAACCAAACCGUUGGUCUGGACCUGUUUCUCGCCAUGAACCCACAGGUCGACGCUGCUUGCACUAACCUCUUGGCUGGGGCGUAUUACUGUGUUCUUCCCACGCAGGACUGGAACACGACGGCAACGUCAACAGUGGUACCAGCGCCGACCGCAACGCCCCCAGGAACAACUGAGGACUGUUACGAGUGGUAUGUCAUACAGUCGGGCGAUUAUUGUGCCAAGGUCCAAGAUCAAUUUGGCAUCAGUUUCGAGCAGCUUCAGGGGUGGAACCCGUCACUGGCAAACGAUUGCUCGAACCUCCAGCUGGACGUGGCGUAUUGCGUGAACGGCGCUGCCUCGAUUGCGGCGCGCGCUACGGCUGCGUUUUCCAACUCUCAUGCUGAAGGCGUCAUUGCGAGGCCGCGCGGGGCUGGGUCUGCUCCUCUCGCAACGGCGAGCCCCGAGUCUGAGAGUGGUGGAGUCGCAAUAGGCUGGCCGGGCGUAAACUCUCCGCGGUUGAGGAAGAUGAUGGGUUUGUCUGAGAAGAUGGAGUUGUGA